AUGUCAAAGGCACAAUCAGCACAGCCAGGCCAUCAACCUAGCAAGUCUGCUGGCGCUGGCUUAACGUUUAAUCUCUCAUCCAACAACCCCUUUCGCAACCGCGCUGCCUCCCCACUCCUCUCCGACGCUACCUAUAGCAAUACCACUUCGCCCGCUUCGCCUUUUGACGACCCUCCUCGACCUGCCUCGCGCAAUCCAUUCCUCGAUCCAUCAUAUUCGUCUAGUCAACCAAAUCUGACCGGAGCAGGCACUAUGGCACCGUCGCUGGACAACAAGGCGUCGCCUACCGCCGAGGAGCUGUUUGAUGGUCUUACCAUUAAUGAUCAGAAGCAAUCCCGACCCGACGGAGGACGACCCCCGACGAACCGCCCUCCUGGCGCGCCUGGACGCGAAAAUGUGCCCCCUGGAGGCCGUCGCGGCCCUCCGCCACCCGGACACCGUCCAUCGAGAUCUCAGGAGGAGGCAAUGAGACAGCGACGUCUCCAGGGCAGUGGUGGUCCUACCCGACCUGGUGGAGCACCGGGAUCGCCCCAACGUCGACCCCAGGAACGCCGCCCGCGUAGAAACUCUGAGUCGUCCGUCCUGAUUGAUUUCGAAAAGUCUCCUACCGACGAAGAGAGGAAGGCCAAAGAAGCCAGACGUCGGGAGAGGGAGCGUCGCGCCCGGGAAGGAAAGGAUCAGGACCCGAAGAAACCCAGUCGCAGAAUCGAUAUUAUCGAUCAAUUAGAUGCCACUAGCAUCUACGGCACCGGAUUGUUCCAUCACGAUGGCCCAUUCGACGCAGCCAACCCCUCUCGCAACCGAAAGGGUAGCCGACGUGCACCGAUGCAAGCCUUUGCCAAGGACUCCCUCAACAUGUCUCUUGGCGGCUCCGGUCCCCUCAACAAGCGCCCUGACCACGCUACUUUCAUGGGUCACAACGAUGGCGAGGCAUCUGCAGACUUCGCAACCGCUGCAAAACUUGCUGAGCGAAAGGAUAAUCCUGCUGUUUUCGACCCCCGAGCUCGUGGUUCGAUCGUUUACGGAGAGGAAUCCAUGGGACUCGGGGCCUCCACCUUCCUGGAGGGCACCCCUGCUGCUCGUGCUGCCAUCCAGCGGACUCAGGCUGAGCAAGCCCAACAGUCAAACUCUGAGGGUCUCGGGCGCAGCAAGUCCAUCGCCCAGCGCAUUCGUGGCAUGAAGCGGGAGCCUCGCGAAUAUGGUCCUUCUGGUCGAAUCACCAAUCCUGAGGGGGCUUACACCUCUCGCCGAUCGCCUGAUGCCAAUGGGCCUGCCAGUAGCAUUUCGUACACAGGCGAGCGUAACCCCUUCUUUUCUGAGUAUGGCAAGGAGCCAGAGACGAUCUCCGUCAAGCGAGCCGACAAUAGGUCGCCUGGUGCGCCUCCACCAGUGCCCCGACGAGGCUCUGCUAAUGGCCUCGAGCGUCGUGCUACAGCUGACGUCGUGUCACCGACAGAGGACGGACCCAGCAAGCCUUCUGGAGGCUUCAUGGCCAGGGUCAAGAGUCUGAAGGGUGGCCGAAGACGCCAGGCUUCUGAUGCGAUGGCACCGCCUCCUGCGCCUGGGACUGCCGCCUAG